AUGCACGACCCUCUUAUCAUCGCAGGCAAGGAGUUUAAGUCCCGUCUGAUGGUUGGCACUGGACGCCACCGCAGCAUGGAGGAAAUGGUCGCGUCCGUGAAGUCAUCGGGCGCGGAAAUCAUCACCGUAGCCAUACGCCGCCUCGACCUCGACAAUCCUGCCGAGAAGAACAUCCUCGACUACUUCGACUGGGACGAAUACACUAUCCUUCCCAACACCGCAGGCUGCAAGACCGCGGAUGAAGCUGUCUUCACCGCUCGCCUUGCGCGUGAGGUAACUGGUUCAUCAUGGAUAAAGCUGGAAGUCAUUCCUGAACCGAAGCACCUGCUCCCCGACCCCAUAGGCACCUACGAAGCUGCAUGCCAGCUCGUCGAUGAAGGCUUCACCGUGCUGCCCUACAUACACGCUGACCCCGUGCUCGCCCGGCGCCUCGAAGACAUCGGCUGCGCCACCGUUAUGCCGCUCGGCUCGCCCAUCGGCUCAGGGCAGGGCAUACAGACUCUCGAAGAGAUUCGCCUGAUUGUCGCCGACGCCAAUGUGCCGGUCGUAGUUGACGCCGGACUCGCAGUUCCGUCCGAGGCAUCGCAGGCUCUGGAGACAGGUGCUGAUUGCGUGCUCGUAAAUACCGCCAUCGCUCAGGCGAGAAGACGCGGAGCUCAUGGGCGAAGCGUUCAAGCUGGGCGUUGA